GUUCUGAACCGGGGGGGGAGGACGGGGGCCCCCGCAGCCAUCGGGAUCGGGAUUGGGAUCGGGACCGUGCGCUCCUCUGCACUCUGUCUCUCUCUCUGUCUCUCUGUGUCUGUCUCUCUCUCUCUCUCUCUCUCGCGAUUUGUUUUGAAUGCUCCGCCUGGCAAGGGGUCGGCUCCGCUAUAUGGCCCCUCGUUCCGCCAUGAGCGCUUUGCAAGUGGCCGCUGCUUCUGGCGGCGUCAAGAGCGAGGACGCGCCGCAGACCAGCCUCACACCGGCGAGCGACGAGGAGAUGGACAGACCCAAAGCGCUCCCCGCGCCGCUGCCCUUCAGCGUCGAGGCGCUGAUGUCCGACAGGAAGCCCAGCCGGGAUGCCCUGGCUUCGGACGGGACCGCCGCCGGCACCUCCCAGACCCCCAGCCCCCGGAUCGCCAGCGCCGGCUUAUCGGUGCAGGAAACUCCGUCCGCCGCCAACCUGCUGGUCGCCAACACCUCCUACACGGUGGAGGGGCUGUUAAAAAUGUCCGAAGAUGCACUUGUCAAGUCGGAGGCAACCGAGAGGCAAGAACGGUCGCCGUGGAUGCAAGAUUCCCGAUUCUCCCCACCUCCCAGACGGAUGAGUCCUCCUGCCUGCACUCUCAGAAAACACAAAACCAACCGCAAACCCAGAACUCCUUUCACCACCUCGCAGUUGUUGGCCCUGGAGCGCAAAUUUCGCCAGAAACAGUAUCUGUCCAUCGCUGAGAGAGCAGAGUUCUCCAGCUCCCUGAACCUCACAGAGACUCAAGUCAAAAUCUGGUUUCAGAAUCGCAGGGCGAAAGCCAAAAGACUGCAAGAAGCAGAACUGGAGAAACUGAAAAUGGCAGCCAAGCCCAUGUUGCCCCCAGCUUUUGGGAUGAGCUUCCCCAUAGGUACUCCAAUCCCUGCAACAUCACUUUAUGGCUCCAGCCCCUUCCAUAGACCCACUCUACCAAUGUCUCCUGUUGGACUAUAUACUGCUCAUGUCGGAUAUAGCAUGUAUCACUUAGCUUGAAGGGACUCGAUGGGAGGAAUGCGGUGUUUUUAAACCGAAAAAAAACCACCCUGAGCAAUUCUUAUUGAGCAGGCACUGUCUAUUUUCCCAUCUGUUUUGCAAAAGAUUUCUUCCCCCACCCC